ACGUCAGUGGGUCAUCAUGCUGAUUCGCAAGGGACAAAUUCUGGGGCGAUUGGGGCUGUGCCAUCAGAUUAAUUUUAUACGAUGGAGCAGAUGCUGUAUCAUGGCCCGCAAAAAAACAGUGCCCUCCGGGCUUCGUAUUAAGGACUUGAGCUUCAGUGGAGUUCCAGUGAGGGUGUAUGAGCCUACAGCUGCCUCGGGAGAGAAAAAAAGGGGCCUGGUGUACUUUCAUGGUGGUGGAUGGAUGUUUGGCUGCAUUGAUGAUUACAAUGAAGUGUGUCAGUAUAUAUCACUGGAGAGUGACACCAUCGUUGUGUCUGUUGGUUACCGUCUGGCCCCCGAGCACAGGUACCCUGCCCACCUGGACGACUGUGAGGUCGUGACUCGCCAUUUCCUGUCAAUAGCGGCAACUGAUUUCGGGGUGGACCCACGCAGGUUGGCAGUUGGUGGGGACAGCGCAGGGGCGAACCUGGCAGCCGCUCUCUGCCAGAGGCUGUCAAAGACACAGGAUUGUCAUCUGCCAUCUCCCUGUGCCCAGGUUCUCAUCUACCCGGCACUGCAGAUGGCAGAUUUCCACCUGCCCUCAUACCAGCAGAACCACUCUGUGCCCAUAUUGUUCAGAGGCCGAGCGGUAUUCUAUUUCCUACAGUACCUCAACGGGAAUACUUCUGUUAGCCAGCAGAUUCUGGAAGGCAAGCAUGUUCCUGUCGAGUUAAAACGUCGCUAUAAGAAAUGGCUGGAUCCAGAUAAUCUUUCACCUCAGUUUAGAAAAGGAGCAAGAAGUCCGCAGGUUAUCCCAAGCCAUGAUGGUCAUGUCUAUCACAUCAUCAAACAGGGGCUGGAUCCAGAGAUCUCCCCUUUAUUAGCUGAGGAUGAUGUUCUCCACCUCGCGCCGCCCACCUUCGUCUUGACCUGUGAGUUUGAUGUGCUGAGGGAUGAUGGCAUUUUGUUCUGUAAGCGACUGAAGGAUGCAGGAGUGGAAGUCACGUGGGAGCAUCUAUCUGAUGGCUUCCACGGGAUCAUCAGUUUCUUCAACCAGGGCUGGUUGACAUUUCAAUCUUCUCGAAAGGUUCACUCGGGACUGCGAGACGGCGAACAGCAGCUACAGGAUGGACUACACGCCCCACAGGUCACACAAGCCCAAUGUUGUCAUGUGCCAAAGGGCUCUUCGCAGCUCAGAGGCCCUCCUACUAAUUUUGGCUUGGCAGAGUCUUGGCGGGCUCAUAUGGAACAACAGCGGGCAGUUGUGCCCGCACUAAGCGAGUAUAGGGCUUCAUACCCUCUGCACCCCAUCGGCGCCUUCUGUUAUUCUCGCCACGUCAGCAUGCCCAAGCGCUUCUCCAGCAGUCAGCACCCUGCCAAGCACAGCAACGAGGACCUGGCACUGAAACCCAGACCCUGCAGGCAGGUCUCCACUAAUCCAGCCAGCCUGCUGUGA